GUCACAUCCGGGUCACGCAGCGCGGAGGAGAGCCGUUGAUGGGCGCAGCAUCCGCAUACAAAGAAGAAGAAGACGAUGGCCGACAUAUCUCUGUAUCUCACGAACGUUAACGUGUCUAUAGGACGGAACAUGGACGUGGGGCAGAGUCCAAGUCCAAACCCGCCCAAGGACUUUGAGAGCGUGGAGCUGGGAGAGCUGGACAAGAGAGAGGAGGAGCAGCAGAAGGAGAAGGUUCCCCGUCGGAUCAUCCACUUCUCCAGCGGUGAGACCAUGGAGGAGUACAGCACCGACGAGGAGGACGGAGAGGACAAGGAGCCGGAGAGGAAAGACCUGCUGUCCUCUCCGGUCGAUGCGGUGAGGUCAAAGAUGACGUGGGGGCCUUAUUUCUGGUUCCACAUGUGGAGAGCAGCAACGUCCACCAUCUCAGCCUGUGACUACCUGGGGGAGAGGAUGGCUUCUCUGUUUGGGAUAACAUCUGCCAAAUAUCAGUACGCCAUCGAUGAAUACUACAGGAUGAAGAAGGAGAGGGAGGAAGAGAAAGAGGAGAACCGUCUGUCAGAAGAAGCCGAACGAUCCUUUGACCAGCUACAAUCUCAGGAAGAGGAGGACGAGCCGAUCGCCAUGACAGGCCAGCCGGAGGUGUCGGCCGAGCACCGCGACGCGACCUACCGGGUGGAGAACGAAAACCAGGCCGCCUCCAACACCAUCAGAGUCCCUGCUAUCGUCACGGCAACCUAACCACCCCCCAGAAGAGGACGUUUGCGCUUCGAUGUCUGUCUCUUUGUCGAAGAAAGGAACACUGUGUUGUCUCACCGGGCUGUUUGGUUUGUGUGUGUGGAGCGGCUGCUGUAUUGUGGUUGAAUGGCGAGGACUGCGGCGGUGCAACGGCGUAGCAAUCGUUCAGAAACUGCUGGAUGAUGUGGCAUUUAGAGCUCUGAAUAACCCGUGCUAUGAAAGAAAAUGUGCAAAAUGAUCUUUGAAAUCAUAGUUUUGCCCACAUUGUUGGCCCAUUCUCAUGCAUUAUCCAGCAUCCACUGCAGUUUCCCCCCUCAGAGUGGGGGAUAAACGUUGCUCCGCUGUGCCUCUGAUGGACCGGAUACUGUGCCUGAAUCACCAAUACAGCCAAGUCAGUGCCAGAUCUGGACCAAGCAACUAUUUGAACAUGACCUGAACACAUCUAAUAGCCUUUUUAAUUCCGUGCUGCACGUGUUUCAAGUAUUUCACAGCUGUCUCGUGCAGAUCUGGCCACACUGACGCAUCCUCGAUAACAGCCGGCUGCACCAAAGAGCUGGCCGUUUUAACACCACCGUACAUGUUGAUUUGUUGUCCGUGUUCCUGUAUUAAUGCAUAUUAAGCUAGCAUUGCACUUAAUGUCUGUGGAAGCACUGAACAGAUUUCGCCUUGGUUCUGAAAUCAUCAUCAAGACUGAUUUGCAAAAAAAAAAAAAAACCUCUGAUAACGGGUUUAUGUGUUCGGUGCUGCUCUUCUUAUCUGCCUUCUCUGCUGUAAAAAUGAACAUAGCAGGUGUGGUGUGGAAGCCUUUGACAAUGGCAGGGAGCAUUGUGACACUAAGUCUGUACAAGGACAUGCAAACUUACAUUUUUAACUGUUUUUAGUACAAUUUUUUAUAUUUAUUUAUUUAACUGAACCGACUGAGCACUUAAUUUGAGCGUUUUUUUUUCUAUUGUUUUAGUGAGUAACACUAAAAUAAACUGUUAAUAAAGUUGCUGUCUGACUUUUA